GGCCCCACAUUUCAAGAUUUGGCAAGAAAUGUGAACCGUAAUAUCAGCAGUCUUUCUGAAAUAUUUGUGGGUCGUGCUGUGGGGUAUUUGAGUGGCUCUGUGAUUAGUGGAGUUCUUUUGGACUGCAUGAAUCAUUCUCUACUUUUGGGGGUGUCAAUGCUGGCCACCACAGUUGGUCUUUAUCUUAUCCCUUUCUGCAAGACUGCAGUAUUGCUGGUUGUCAUGAUGUCUGUCUUUGGCAUUUCAUUUGGCGCUAUGGAUACAGGCGGGAAUGUUCUCAUCUUGGCAAUUUGGGGAGACAAAGGAGCCCCACACAUGCAGGCCUUACACUUCAGUUUUGCCUUGGGUGCCUUUCUGGCUCCCCUUCUGGCUAAAUUGGCCUUGGGUACAACCACCAUGUCUGCUGAGAACCACACAGAGAAUGGCUUUCUCCCUCUAGCCUUGAACCAAUCAUCUGAAGCUGACUCAGGCUCUCUAUUUGGAGUAGAGAAUGGCUUUCUCCCUCUAGCCUUGAACCAAUCAUCUGAAGCUGACUCAGGCUCUCUAUACAAGGCCCUUCUAUGUCUCCUUUUCCUGUUCUUCUUUUUUUAUGUUGGAGCUGAGGUAACCUAUGGCUCUUACAUUUUCUCAUUUGCAACCACUCAUGUUGGCAUGGAUGAAAAGGAAGCAGCUGGCUUGAACUCCAUCUUCUGGGGGACCUUUGCAGCCUGCAGGGGCCUGGCAAUCUUCUUUGCUACAUGUUUAACAAUGGAAAUCCAGGUGGUGAGCAAUGUUGGCAGUCUGACCUCAUCUUUAUUUCUCGUGCUGUUUGAUAAGAACUCACUGUGUCUCUGGAUAGCAUCUUCAGUGUAUGGGGCCUCAAUGGCCACCACAUUUCCCAGUGGUGUUUCUUGGAUUGAACAGUACACAACCAUAAAUGGGAAAUCUGCAGCUUUUUUUGUAACUGGUGGUACUCUGGGAGAAAUGGCUAUUCCUGCAGUAAUUGGAAUUCUUCAAGGAAAAUACCCAGAUUUACCAGUAGUUCUGUACACCUGUUUGGGGUCAGCAGUAUUCACUGCUGUUUUAUUUCCUGUGAUGUAUAAAUUAGCUACUUUGCCUCUGGAUCAUCAGCGAAAGAGAAACAGAAAGAGCCAGAAAGCUCAGACUUCAAGAUUUGGUCUAUGGUAAACAGAACAAAAGAGAAGAUACAGAAAAGUGGAAUGAAAUGGAUUUCGAAAUGGUUGAGAUGAAUGACACAAGGAAGAAUUUCAGACAUCUGAAAAUAUUUUGAUGGUGCCCACAGCUGAUGUUGCCAACCAAUUCCUCUCCGGUGCAUUGACCCUAAACUCAGGAAGAAGAUGG